CUCAAAAAAAAAAUAGCAGUUCUUCUUUCUCUGCAAGGCAAGCGGCGGCAGAUUCAAGACCAGAUACCUGGUCCAGAAUCCAGAUAGCCACCUUCUUCUUCCUCUGCAAGCCGGGGCAGAUUCACCCACUCCGUACAGCAGUAUUCCCUCGCCCUCGCCCUCGCCCCAGCCGACCGGACUGGGAAAGCGAGAGCGAGAUGCCGACGCUGACGAAGCUGUACAGCAUGAAGGAGGCCGCCCUCCACAACACCCCCGACGACUGCUGGAUCGUCGUCGACGGCAAGAUUUAUGAUGUGACCGCGUAUUUGGAUGACCAUCCUGGGGGUGCUGAUGUGCUGCUUGCCGUGACUGGUAUGGAUGGCACCGAGGAAUUUGAAGAUGCGGGCCACAGCAAGGAUGCCAAGGAGUUGAUGAAAGAUUACUUCAUUGGGGAGUUGGACUUGGACGAAACACCUGACAUGCCUGAGAUGGAGGUUUUCAGGAAAGAGCAGGACAAGGACUUCGCCAGCAAGCUGGCGGCUUACGCUGUGCAGUACUGGGCCAUUCCGGUAGCAGCAGUUGGGAUAUCAGCCGUGCUUGCUAUAUUGUAUGCUCGAAGGAAGUGAUGAUCGGUUAUAGGUUGAUUGAAGGACCAUUUUGGGGUAACCAACACAUUUAUAGCUGGUUAUGGAUGGAGAGAUUAUGUACUUCUGUCCAAAGGGGAAGACACAUUGCUGUAUUGAGCCCUUAGGUACUUGAGUCAAAUAUUUGUCCACAAAAUUGGUGGUACUAUUUUAUCAAUAUGUUAUUCAAUGGAUAGAUUCAUUUCAAGACC